AAGGCUUGAAAAAUGUGCACAUCAUAGUUAUCUGAGCUAGAUGUAUUUAAUUCAGAGCAACAAGAAAGUGAGAUGCAUUCCCGUAUUCUCCGACAGUUGGUCAGGCUGGCACAAAGGCAUGCCCCACUUUUUCAUGGCCGCAGCCUUAUCAUUGUCAACACGGCUAGCUCUGGACUCUUACUAGGAGGUGCAGAUAUAAUCCAGCAGGCUUUGGAGCAGAGGAAAAAGCAAACACAGCGGUGGGAUAUUGACCGUACAUGUCACAUGUUUGUCACUGGAUGUAGCAUGGGGCCGCUCCUGCAUUAUUGGUAUUUGUGGAUAGACAAAAUAAUCCCAAACAAAGGAGUUCAACGUCUGAAGGUUGUCAUCAUGAAGGUAGCAAUCGACCAGGCCUUUGCUCCAUUUUUCGGAGGUUGGUAUUUCAUAAUCAUGGCGCUGCUUCAAGGCCAUAGUUUGGCAGACAGCAUUGAUGAAUUUAGGGAUAAAUUCUGGGACUAUUACCUGGCAGAGCUCAUUGUUUGGCCAGGAGCUCAACUGCUAAAUUUUUUGUAUCUCCCCACUCAGUACCGAGUGCUGUUUGUGAACAUCGUGACUUUGGGAUGGAAUGUCUACCUUUCAUAUCUGAAACACCAAAGAUGA